CUUAAAUUAUUGAAAAUCUAUAAAAUGUUCAAUAGCUAAGUUUAUGAUCGUGUUGAGUUUGAUAAUUUUAUAAACUUAGGUAGCACAGGACAUGGCGAAAUACAAAUUGGUUUAUUGCAUUGUGUUCGUAGCUCUGAUUGAAGUCACGGUUUCUCUUAUACCUAAUGAAACCAAAGUAGAAAAUAUUAAGAAUGACCUCAGGCGGAGCGGAAAAAAGAAGAAAAAAGACAGAUCGACUUCUUCAGACGAAGCGAGGGGAAAAGACAGCGACAGCGCGGACGUGGACAAGGAGAGCCUAGAGCUUUCGACGCAAGAGUUGAGCUCUGAUACAGAUGCGUCGAAGAAGCCUGUCUCCAGUGCCGAGAGGAGGGGGUGGAGAAAAUGGCAUCGGAAAUGUACGCCUUGCCCAGACGAUAUGGUGAAAAAAUGGCGAGAUCCGUCUAUCCAGUGGAUCUGCGGUGGCUACCAGCGAGCUAGACGAUCGUUCAAGAGCAUGUGUAUGAUGCAUUACAGGAACUGUCAGGAUGGAACGAUGUUCGUGAAAAUUCACGACUUCCGCUGCGCGAAUGACACCGACCUGGACCAUCCCCAUGGCGAGCAUUUCUUCUAUGACUACAAGGUGCCACUCAGUGACGACUCCUCGAAUAGCGCCAGCGGCGAUAGCUCCGACAAAGACGACAGUGAUGAUAUUUGAAUUUGUUCUAAUAUAAUAAACCAAGAUAACUGACAUACUU